CUCUCCUUCGGUCUCCCGGGGGCGCCAAGCCAGCCAGAUCUCUGCUGCCUCGCCUUGUUGAACAGUAUAGCUUUAAGCUCGUGUGGGAGGAAGGCGUAAUAUCAAUCCUACGUGAUGUCAACGUGCAGACUGGCCUUGCACGUGACGUCAUGCAUCAUGGUCAUCCUCUCGAGGGGGCAGGUCUGGUCUCUCACCUCCUCAGACAUAAGUCAUAUGUCACCCCGAAAAUGCAACACGACGAUUUCGAGCCACUUCGAGAAAGAGGGCGAGAUCACAUCUCUGGGAUACCCAAACUACUACGAGGAGGGCAUCACGUGUGCCUACACCCUCACGGGGAAGCCUGGGGAAAGAGUCCAGCUCAUAUUCACACAUUUCAAUCUACCUGACCCGUCAAAGGACAUUCCAGUGCACCAGAGGUGUUUGCACACUGACUUCGUUGCCGUUUACAAUAUGAACAACAACACAAUCCGGAGAGAAAUCGACCACUAUUGUGGCUCAUCGGUCCCACUCCCAGUGAUGUCAUCCAAGUCAGGUAUGCAAGUGGUUUUCAAAUCAGGGGCUAAUCCUUCGACCAGGCUUCCCCACCCGUUUGUGUACGGAUUCUCUGUGAGAUUCAGAUUCGUCAAAGACUUUGGAAUAACUUCUGGUCACCAACCAACUCCCGGAACCUGUGAAUUCAUCUACAACAGCACUGUAGUCACCAAUGGCACCAUAAACUCGCCAAACCCUGGAGGGUUCUACCCACAAGACACCACUUGCCAUUACAUCUUUCGGGCACGGUCCGGCGAAAUCGUGAGGCUCAUCUUUAAGUACUUUGAUGUGGAAGGAAUCUUGCCGUGUGACAGGACAUCAGACAGUGAUUACCUAGAGUUUUCAAACUUCCCUUCCGCUGACAGAAAGAUACCACCGUACUGUGGAUCUGUCGCACCAACAGUCAUGCAAAGCGAUGCUUCGUACUUCCGUGUCACCUUCAAAAGCAAUGACAAGUUUGAUGGGACAGGAUUCACUGCAGAUUUUCAGUUUAUGGAUAUUUCAAGACAACCUUAUGUUAUCAGAAGAGUUGUUGCACCCAUUGGCACAGGGUCUGCAGGCUGAGGGUAAUUGCACGUGACUUUUUUUGCUCCAUGAAAUAUAUUUCUCAAUUUUUAAUUGAAGCCCACAGAAUAAGAUGCCAAAUCCAGUCAUUAGUAUACACUGAAUGAAGACAUAACUGCAUGAUUACUACCAUUAACAAAUAGAUUACCAUAACCAUAUGUAAAAAUCUUAUAAAUAAAAAUGGUUGCUCAGAUGCAU